AUGGACGUGCUAAACGGCUCCGUUGUGGACCUGAACGGGAGCACGCAGAGCCCGCAGAACGCAUCCGACGGGUUGAGCCUGGAGCCGCGCUCUCUGGUGACCUCCGCGUCCAUGUUCGCGGUGGGGGUCCUCGGGAACGUGAUCGCGGUGGUCGUGCUGUGCGUGUCCAAGCGCGAGCAGAAGGAGAGCACGUUCUACACGCUGGUGUGCGGCAUGGCGGUCACGGACCUGCUGGGCACUUGCUUCACCAGCCCCGUGGUCAUCGCCACGUACACGUGCGGCCGCUGGCCAGGGGGGACGUUGUUGUGCCACUUCUUCUCUUUCUCGAUGCUCUUCUUCGGCUGCGCGGGCACCUGUAUCCUGUGCGCCAUGGCCGUGGAGCGCUACCUCGCCAUAAACCACGCGUACUUUUACUCGCAGCACGUGGACCGCUCGGUGGCGCGCACGGUGCUGCUGGUCUCGUACGUGGCCACGUUCGCACUGUGCGUCAUGCCCAGCUUCGGCUUCGGGAGGCACGCGCGCCACUACCCGGGCACGUGGUGCUUCUUGGACUGGCGCGCCACGGACGCACUGGACGCGUGUUACGCGCUGCUGUACGGGAGCGUCAUGCUGCUGCUUGUGUCCGCCACGCUGCUGUGUAACGUGGCCGUGUGCCGGUCCCUCGUGGGCAUGAACCUGCGGACCAGCGUGGUGCGCGCGGAGAUGUGCGAGCAUGCGCCCCGCCGCCGCUUCCCGCGGCUGCAGUCGGUGAGCUCUGCCGCGGAGCUGCAGAUGCUGUGGCUCCUGGUGUUUAUGACCGCGGUGUUCCUGGUGUGCUCCGUGCCGCUGGUGGUGCGCAUCUUUGUGAACCAGCUCUCUGGCGCCACCCACCCGUCGGAGAGGGCGGGGCCUGACACUUGGGGCGACCUGCAAGCCAUCCGCUUCGCCUCCUUCAACCCCAUCCUGGACCCCUGGGUGUACAUCCUGUGCCGCAAGAACCUGCUGCUGAAGGGUUGCGCCAGGCUGAAGGGGGCGCUGUGGGGGGGUGAGGUGCGAUGGGUGAAAAGGGGGCGUGGUCAUCACUCCCCCAGCCCCUCCCCACCCUCCCUGCACAGCAACGACACCAGCUACGCCUCCAUCCGCACGGCUAGCUUCAGACAGAACCCCUUAAAUAGACCUGGGCGGGCGGCCGCAGCACUGGGACUUCCACCCCUUCAGCGUCCCGGGGGAGGGGCUAGGGGAGGGGGCGGGGCCUGA